GCAGCCAUCAAACUCGCAAAGUCGUAUACUGGAAAGUUCGAAAUCGUUGCACUGUCCGCAAGCUGGCACGGUGUGACUGGAGCCGUCUGUAAUCCCUUCCCAUGCUUCUUGGAUAUUUCUGACGAUAAACAGGCCGCUGCAGUGCAAUAUCUCUCCGGCCGCGAUGGUUACGGACCUGUAGUAAGCUCAUCUCAAAACACAUAACCAUGAACCCAACAACUGAAACCCACAAAAGAUGCCCGGCAGCCUCAUGCUCCCAGCCCCAAACUCCUACCGCAGCAUCUUCCGCCACGCCGACGGCUCCCACGACUGGAAGACCGAGCUCGACUACGGCUUCAGCCUGAUCGACCGGCAAUCCUGCGGCAGCCUCGCAGCACUCAUAGUCGAGCCGAUCCUCUCCUCGGGCGGCAUGCUCGUCCUGCCCGACGGCUGGCUGAAGGCAGCGAAGGCGCACUGCGAAGCUCGCGGAAUGCUGCUCAUCGUGGAUGAAGCGCAGACGGGGAUCGGGCGCGCCGGCGACAUGUUCGCGUUCGAGCACUGCGGCGUCGUGCCCGAUAUCCUGACGCUGAGCAAGACGCUUGGCAACGGCUUGCCUUUGAGCGCGGUGGUCACGAGUGAUGAAAUCGCCGCCGUCACGAAGAAUAAGGGGUACUUGUUCUACACGACGCAUGUCAACGACCCGUUGCCUGCUGCGGUGGGGGCCAAGGUGCUUGAUAUCGUCGUCAGGGACGGGCUGGUGAAGCACUCGAAAAAGCUGGGCGAGAAGCUGCAGGCUGGGCUGCGGAAACUGCAGGCGCGGUACGGGUGUCUUGGUGAUGUUCGGGGACGCGGCCUUAUGGCUGGUGUCGAGGUGGUUUCUGACAGAGAGACGAAACAGGGCGCCGCUGAGCUUGGGUGGUUGGUCUCGAAUAAGAUGGCUGAGCUCGGGCUUUGGGCUCAGCUGUCCACGCUUCCGGCUUUCGGCGGCGUUUUUCGCUUUGCGCCUCCCCUUACUACUACGGAGCAACAGUUGGAGGAGGGAUUUGAUAUUAUGGAGGAAGCGCUGCGGUUGACUCCGGGGACUAUGCCAUUGUAUGGAGAUGCGGGAGCUGAGGCGGCCAGCAAGCUGUAGUACCGACCUUAAAAGCAUGAACCCCCAUAUGAUUUCAAU